CGCUAGAUAAUCCGCCCUCCUUUCAUCAGUUCAGUUGGACUUUAGCUGCCGCUGCUUGUUCUUUGCCUUUCUGCCCAAUCCAUCGACUCGGACCAAUUUGUGAAGCGAAUUCGGACCUCUCGAGUUCACAGUCCACGACUCUCGCUCGCCCCGUCCGUGUUGUCUGAUCCAUCGCACCCCAAUUAAAUAUUCAAAAAAAACAAUGGAUAAAGAGAAUCUUAUCCAGAAGGCCAAGCUGGCAGAGCAGGCCGAGCGUUACGACGACAUGGCCGAUUGCAUGAAGGUGGUGACGGAGAAGGGCGACGACCUGACGAACGAGGAGAGGAACCUGCUGUCCGUCGCCUACAAGAACGUGGUGGGGGCCCGGCGGUCCUCAUGGAGGGUGCUAUCCAGCAUCGAAGCCAAGUCCGAUACCAGCGAGAAGAAGCUGCAGCUGGUCAAGGAAUAUCGGGAGAAAGUGGAGUGUGAGCUGCAAGACAUCUGCAAUAACGUUUUGUCGCUGCUGGAUGAGUAUUUAAUUAAGAACUCCAAACAACAAGAGAGCAAAGUUUUUUACCUAAAGAUGAAGGGGGACUACUAUAGAUACCUCGCUGAAGUUGCCUGCGGGGAUGCCAAAAAAAGUAUCAUCGAAAACUCGCAGCAGGCCUACCAAGAAGCGUUUGACAUCAGUAAGACGGACAUGGACCCCACACAUCCCAUCCGCUUGGGUCUGGCUCUUAACUUUUCGGUCUUUUAUUACGAGAUCCUCAACUCUCCAGAAAAAGCUUGUGAACUCGCUAAAAAGGCGUUUGACGAGGCCAUCGCUCAGCUUGACCAACUAAAUGAGGAGUCCUACAAAGACAGCACCCUCAUCAUGCAGCUCCUCAGAGACAAUCUGACACUAUGGACAUCAGACACCGCUGGCGAGGAGGGCGAAGCAGGAGAAAGAGGCGAUGGCGGCGAAACUGAGAACUAGAAGUCCUUGGCCUCCAACAAAAGGAUUAAGAAAAAAAAACAAAAAAAAACUUUUUACACAUCCGCCAUUCCUUAUUGCUCCAAUCCAACAUUCUUCCAAUGAAACCCAUUGCUGAAACAAAGUAAUUAUGUAAUCAUAAAAACAUUUAAUUGGGGGGUGCGGGGAGGACAAAACAGAUUAGGAUGACCUGUUAGAGUAAAACCCUCCAUUCCUUUGGUUUGUGUGUGUCCUGGCCUUUCAGUAUGUGCAAUUUCAGCUGUAGAAAAGUAUUGAUAGCUUGACAUGGUAUUACGCUCUUUUCCUAAAGUUAGAGACAGAAACCCUCAGUCGUUACAUCGAUCAACUGGAAGUUUAUCCUCUGAGGAAGAUUUCGUUUCCAGGUGGUAAUCUUAGUUUCCUUUUCCUGCGCUAUCAAAAAAUAAAUACAUAAAAUAAAAAAUUGUGGUACGGUUACAGCGUCUGAAAUUACACUCAGAUAGUUUUCAUGCUGCAGGGAAUGCCAGUGGUGCAUGCAUGCUGGCAGCAAAUACUUAGCAGUUCCCCAUUGGAUUAAUCCUCACUUUGAGGCCACUCUUUCACUAAAGCAUGUGUGUUGCGGGAGGGUGGACGCUGUAGCGGGGGGCUUGACUGACUGACACGGUGGUAACGUUUAAUUCAAUUCUGUCAUUGCAUGUCUCUUGAGAUAUUACACUGGAAUGGGAACAAAUGCUGUAACACAAGUUCAAGUGUCAAGUUUAAUAUUUUUCAACGCAGGUUUGUACACAUCCUAAAAGAGGGUGGUCUGUUUGUCUGUCCAGUGAUUGUCAUUAGAGAUUUGGACCACUAUUGUUUUGCUAUUCAUUCAAUUGUAGUCCCCUAAAGCCUUGUGGAACUGUUUGAAUCCCUGUGUAACAGCUAUGUUAACAUGAAUAAAUCAUUUUAUAAACCA